GGAGAUGGUCUGCUCGCUUGUGUAAGGAAAUGAGGCUUGUUGGUUGUCCCUAUGGAUAUGAAUGAAGAAGGAGGUACUUCAUCUGGGGUGCAUUAGCACGGAAGCCGUUCAGGCUAGCUUAGGAGUUAUUUUUUCAGUAAGACAGAGUGAUUUCAGCUUUGCCUGGCUCUGCCCUGCCCACGCUGGAUCUGCCCAAACUUGCUUUGGAAGUUGAGCCUUGCGUAGCGAGACUCGGGAGGAGAAAAUAACCCUGAGCAGGAAAUGCUGGAGGAGGAAGAAGAAUCUGGUGUACGAGCAGUAUUUACUAUUUCAUCUCUUUUCUGUCAACUGAACUGCAGAAAUAUUCAAUGGAGAUGUCACUUGUUCCUGUGUGCCACACUUGUGGACGCCGUGGGACCCGCUCGCUGCCCAAGAUGGUGAAGCUGGACAUCCACACGCUGGCCCAUCACCUCAAGCAGGAGCGGCUCUACGUCAACUCAGAAAAGCAACUGAUUCAGAGGCUCAAUGCAGACGUCCUGAAGACAGCAGAGAAGCUGUACCGCACAGCGUGGAUUUCCAAGCAGCAAAGGAUUAACCUGGACAGACUGAUCAUUACAAGUGCCGAAGCUUCUCCUGCCGAGUGUUGCCAGCAUGCUAAAAUCUUGGAGGACACGCAGUUUGUGGAUGGAUAUAAGCAGUUGGGAUUUCAGGAGACGGCUUACGGAGAAUUCCUGAACAGGUUGAGAGAGAACCCAAGGCUUAUUGCGUCCUGUCUGGUUGCCGGAGAGAAGCUCAACCAGGACAACACUCAGAGUGUCAUUCACACGGUCUUCACCUCCAUUUACGGCAACUGCAUCAUGCAGGAGGAUGAGAGCUACCUCCUGCAGGUGCUCCGGUACCUGAUUGAGUUUGAGCUCAAGGAGAGCGACAACCCGCGGCGGCUGCUCAGACGAGGCACCUGUGCCUUCAGCAUCUUGUUCAAACUUUUCUCUGAAGGACUCUUCUCUGCAAAGCUUUUUCUUACUGCAACUUUGCAUGAGCCGAUCAUGCAGCUCCUGGUUGAAGAUGAAGACCACCUGGAAACCGAUCCAAACAAGUUAAUUGAGAGAUUCUCUCCGGUUCAGCAGGAAAAGUUGUUUGGAGAGAAAGGCACAGAGAAGUUCAGGCAGAGAGUGCAGGAGAUGGUUGACUCCAAUGAGGCCAAGCUGGUGACCUUGGUGAACAAGUUCAUCGGGUAUCUCAAACAAAACACGUACUGUUUUCCGCACAGCUUGCGCUGGAUCGUGUCUCAGAUGUACAAAACGCUCUCGUGUGUGGACAGGCUGGAGGUCGGGGAGGUCAGAGCCAUGUGCACGGAUCUUCUCCUCGCCUGUUUCAUCUGCCCCGCGAUUGUGAACCCAGAGCAGUACGGGAUCAUUUCUGAUGCUCCUAUAAAUGAAGUGGCAAGAUUUAACCUGAUGCAGGUGGGGAGGCUCCUGCAGCAGCUGGCCAUGACGGGCUCCGAGGAGGGGGAUCCCCGCACCAAGAGCAGCCUGGCCAAGUUCGACAAGAGCUGUGUGGCUGCGUUCCUGGAUGUGGUUAUCGACGGCCGGGCGGUUGAAACUCCCCCCAUGUCUCCCGUGAACCCGCUGGAGGGGCUGAGCAGGACCGUGGUGUACGUGACGCACAGCCAGCUCACGGCCCUGGUUGGCUUUAUGCGGAAUGUAAUGUCAAGUGAUCAACUUAAGGAAGAUCGGAUGGCUUUGGAAAACUUGCUGGCAAACCUACCCCAGAACAAACCAGGGAAAAGCAGCAGCCUGGAAAUGACUCCGUAUAAUACCCCACAGCUUUCUCCUGCAACUACUCCGGCUAACAAGAAAAAUCGAUUACCAAUAGGACAGCAGUUGGCAGCCAUUACUGCCUGGGACACUUCUGCUGCCAAUCUUUCAGCUCAUAUAACUCUAGUAACCCCGUUUGCGACUCGCAGCAGAAGCAGAUCGAACAUUCAGAUGGACCAGCACGGGGACCACGAGGGCUCCUCGCAGGAGCCCGUCCCGGCGGCUCAGGCGGAGGAGGUGCUGGUGAUCUCCCUGGGGACGGCUCCGCAGGUCACUCCCGGCAUGAUGUCCGAAAACGAGGUCUUAAAUAUGCAGCUUGCAGAUGGUGGGCAAGGAGAUGUCCCUGUUGAUGAAAACAAGCUCCAUGGUAAACCUGAUAAAACCUUGCGCUUUUCCCUCUGCAGUGAUAAUCUGGAAGGAAUAUCUGAAGGUCCUUCGAAUCGCUCCAACUCGGUGUCGUCUCUGGAUCUGGAGGGGGAGUCGGUGUCGGAGCUGGGCGCGGGCCCCUCGGGCAGCAACGGCGUGGAGGCCCUGCAGCUGCUGGAGCACGAGCAAGCCACGACUCAGGAUAAUCUCGAUGACAAGCUCCGUAAGUUUGAAAUCCGUGAUAUGAUGGGAUUGACUGAUGACAGAGACAUCUCGGAAACCGUCAGCGAAACUUGGAGUACGGAUGUAUUGGGAAGUGACUUCGAUCCAAAUAUCGAUGAAGAUCGCUUGCAAGAAAUAGCAGGUGCAGCUGCAGAGAACAUGCUAGGCAGCUUGCUGUGUUUACCAGGUUCAGGAUCCGUGUUGCUUGAUCCCUGCACAGGUUCAACCAUAUCAGAAACCACAAGCGAGGCCUGGAGUGUGGAAGUAUUGCCAAGCGACUCAGAGGCUCCAGACUUAAAACAGGAGGAGAGGCUGCAGGAGCUGGAGAGCUGCUCGGGGCUGGGCAGCACGUCUGACGACACGGACGUGCGGGAGGUCAGUUCUCGGCCCAGCACGCCGGGCCUCAGCGUCGUAUCAGGUAUUAGUGCAACGUCUGAAGAUAUUCCUAAUAAGAUUGAGGAUCUCAGGUCCGAAUGCAGCUCUGACUUUGGGGGAAAAGAUUCUGUGACAAGUCCUGACAUGGAUGAAACAGCCCAUGGAGCCAGUCAGUUGACGUCUCCUCCUUCUCAGACAGAUUCUUUGCUUGCGCUGUUUGACCCUCUGUCCUCAAAUGAGGGUGUAUCAGCCGUAGUAAGGCCUAAAGUGCACUAUGCAAGACCCUCUCACCCCCCACCGGAUCCACCCAUCCUGGAAGGAGCGAUGGGAGGUAACGAGGCCCGAUUACCAAACUUUGGGUCUCACACUUUAAUUCCGACCGAUUUAGAAGCGUUCAAGCAGAGGCAUUCUUACCCAGAAAGGCUGGUCCGCAGCAGGAGUUCAGAUAUAGUGUCCUCAGUUCGGAGGCCCAUGAGUGACCCCGGCUGGAACAGACGUCCUGGCAACGAGGAGAGGGAGCUGCCGAUGCCGAGCGCCGGGGCUGCUGCUCUGGCGGCUGCGUCUCAGUCCUCGUCUUCCUCUCCCAGCAAGGACUCCUCCAGGGGAGAGAUUGAAGAUCGAAAAGACAGUGACGAUGAGAAGUCUGACAGGAACAAACCCUGGUGGAGGAAACGUUUUGUGUCUGCCAUGCCCAAAGCUCCUAUUCCAUUUAGAAAGAAAGAAAAACAAGAAAAAGACAAAGAUGACAUGGUGCCUGACAGGUACCCAGCGCUUCAAGAUGAUCCCAGCCCGAGGGUCAGUGCCCAGGCACAAGCCGCGGAGGACAUUCUGGACAAAUACAGGAACGCAAUUAAGAGAACCAGUCCUAGUGAAGGAGCUAUAGCAAACUACGACAGUGCGGAGGCUCUCGGGGACGGUGAGAGCAUGCACGACUCUCCACGCGACGAGGCUUUGCAGAACAUGUCUGCAGAUGAUCUUCCAGACUCUGCAAGUCAAGUAGCGCAGCCACAGAGCUCCGCUUUCUCCUAUAGGGAUGCGAAGAAGAAAUUGAGAUUGGCGCUUUGUUCAGCAGAUUCUGUUGCCUUCCCAAUGCUGACACAUUCAACAAGGAACGGUCUGCCAGACCACACAGACCCUGAAGAUAAUGAAAUCGUGUGCUUCUUGAAAGUUCAGCUGGCUGAAGCCAUCAACCUCCAAGACAAGAACCUGAUGGCCCAGCUGCAGGAGACCAUGCGAUGUGUGAGCCGCUUCGAUAACAGGACCUGUCGAAAGCUGCUGGCAUCGAUUGCGGAGGACUAUAGGAAAAGAGCUCCAUAUAUCGCUUAUUUGACUCGAUGUCGCCAAGGCCUGCAAACAACACAAGCGCACUUGGAAAGGCUGUUGCAAAGAGUUCUGCGAGAUAAAGAAGUGGCCAACAGAUACUUCACUACAGUGUGUGUGAGGCUGCUGCUGGAGAGCAAAGAAAAGAAAAUAAGGGAGUUUAUUCAAGAUUUCCAGAAACUCACAGCAGCAGAUGAUAAAACAGCCCAAGUUGAGGAUUUUCUUCAGUUCCUCUAUGGGGCUAUGGCUCAGGACGCCAUAUGGCAGAAUGCCAGUGAGGAGCAGCUUCAGGAUGCACAAUUAGCGAUAGAACGCAGCGUGAUGAAUCGGAUUUUCAAACUUGCAUUCUACCCUAAUCAGGAUGGAGAUAUUUUGCGUGACCAGGUCCUCCACGAGCACAUACAGAGGUUAUCUAAAGUGGUGACCGCAAACCACAAAGCGCUGCAGAUACCCGAGGUGUAUCUCCGGGAGGCACCGUGGCCAUCUGCACAGUCUGAAAUCCGCACAAUAAGCGCUUAUAAAACCCCCCGAGACAAAGUACAGUGUAUCCUGCGAAUGUGUUCAACCAUCAUGAACCUGCUUAGUCUGGCAAAUGAAGAUUCAGUACCUGGGGCAGAUGAUUUUGUUCCCGUUCUGGUCUUUGUCCUCAUAAAGGCCAAUCCACCUUGCUUGCUGUCCACUGUUCAGUACAUCAGUAGUUUCUAUGCCAACUGUUUGUCUGGAGAAGAAUCGUACUGGUGGAUGCAGUUCACGGCAGCCGUUGAAUUCAUUAAAACUAUUGACGAUCGCAAGUAGCUGAAAGCGCACCCGGCUGGGCAGACUGUUAGCAGAAGAGCACGUGAGAAUGUACAACAGCGCAAAAGCUAAAGAAGGGACGUUCCUUGUAUAAUACUGUACAGAACUGAGGCAUUUUAAAACACACCUUUACUAAUCAAAUUAAUUUAACAGAUUUUCCUCUUCUCUUUGGUUGCGUUUUUCUCCCCUGUAGUUACUGGCACUCAAAAGGGACCACAGUUUUCAGGUAUUUUGGAAUCUCAAAGCAUGCAGAAAAUUCUUCAUGCUUUUUCCACCACCCCUUUCCCGAAUUCUUACUCACGUGAAUAAUUCACCUCAUUUAAUUUCUAAUGGAAAACUGAAACAAGAAGAAUCAGGGCAACACUUAGUAUACUUUGUAGCUUAAUACACCUUUUAUUAAUAAACACCAGCCACACUGAAAGUUUGUAGUAGCUGACGUCAGUUAUCAAUUAUAUUUCACCUAAAUUUAAAACCUGAGAGGACAGUGUAAAUAUUAUAUAACUAUAUUUAAUGCAUUGCGAUUAUCCUUGGACUCCUUAUCCUUUGAAUAAACAAGCGAAGCCUCUCUGACCUCUAACAGGUGUGACAUACUGGGUUUUGGUGAUGAAAGGACUUCUCGAAAGGCUGAGAUGAAAAAAGGGCAAACUGAACUAUUUAUUAAAAUGUAAUUAAGAUUAUUGAAAUUUCUAAAACUGGAAUUUAUAGUAGACAGGGCUUAGUAGAUAGCUAGACACUUUUUGGCUAGGGCAUUAGGGUGUUAAAGGUUCGGGUAUAUGGAGGAGAGGGACUGUAAGUUACAAUAGAUACGUCUAAUAUAAAAAAGGAGAAAUAAAAUACCUUAGUGUAAUAUUUUUUUCUGAAGUAUUGUGUAUACUGUACAAACCCCAGAGAUCCUUAACAGAACCUUGGACUGUAAUAUAUAUUUUGAUUAGUGACAUUAAAUACAUAUGCCAGGGGUUUCAGUGAAUGUUUUUACUAAUGUUCUUCGUGUUGUCUGCUAUGCAGCAGUGCAAGUUUUACUGUUCAUAUAAAGUAUUUUAAAAUAGAACACUGUUCUUUAUGAAACAUAUCAUGGCAUCGGUUCAGGGUGUUUUAUAGAUUUCUCGCCCCACCUUUCCCUUAAACUGACAAUUAGCAAUUGAAAGAGGUUUUGAUGCACAACACCACAUGGAUUUUUCAUGAGUGCACCGGUCUGAGCGAUGGCCGGUGGUUGUUUUCUGUAUAUAAGCGCUUACUGUUCUUUUUUAGCCGGAACUACGGUGGAAAAGGACAGUGAGCACGGAACUUUUCAUGUCAGUAUUGUUCUUGCUGUCCUAGAGUGUUGGUUGCACUUCUGCCAGGGGGAUGUGUUAAUGGGACUUGGUGUCUGUGAAUGGCAAAGAGAACAAAACCUCGCAUUCUUUUCGAAGUGAGUGUGCAUUUUGAUGAUUAAAACCUGUAAGCAAUGAGUACUUGGGAAAAUUGUUUGGAUAACUGAAAUUAGAGCAAUUCAUGUGAAGUAUCAAGUGCUUGAUUGGCCCUGCUACUUGUCAAGGCAUAAUUAAAGAAACUCACUUGUCAUUCAGGACAGCACUUUUGCCAAACUAAUCACAGGCGAGAGGGUGGGAUGGUAACUCUUUUCUUGUAUUGAUAGCCUUUCUCCUCUAGAAGAGACUCGAUUGUGUGGAGGAGCAAUAGUCAGCAGAAACAAGAUCCUCCCGAUCUGCCUUACUGUGGUAACGCAGCCCGUGUCGCAUCGCAAUAUUCCAGUUCUUCAGCCUUGGUGGGGUUUUGGUGCUGAACACCUAACUCGGUACGGCAGGCACAGCCCUGACCAAUAACACUCAGCAGCAAAGCACAAAUAUGCCCUUGAAGAUAUGGCUAGAUCAUAUCUCAAAGCAAUAUAAGUUUAAUUAUGUUGAAGUGUCCUGUAAUAUUUCAUUAUGACUUGAAUAUCUGAGAUGUUAAGAAAGUUGUAUGAAAGUUGCUGUAGUGCUGCAGUUGGGUUUUAGGCGAGGACAGUGUUGUACAGUCCCUGAAAGAGGCACGAAGACCCUGGAGUUGGUGAUUCCCCUGCACGUUGCUGCUGUUUGCAGACCUGGCAAGCGGGAUUCGAUCUCUUGGAUUUGCUCUCAUGGAAAGUGCAAGAACCAUUUCCUUCACCAUUUUUAUCACUUUGGUUUUUUGCAUAGAGAAAUACUUAAAAGAAUUGGAGUCUUUAUGAUCAUUAUUAUUACUAUUGAGUUAUUUUUAAACCCCUAAGUGUUUCAGUGAGCCCCAGAUGAGCUGAGAGUCUUCGUAGCAAGAUGGUCCUUUGCUUCUUUUCUUCAACCUAAUCUGAAAGUCCUUUAUGUAGUCUUGGUAGAUGUAGUUAGAGAAUUAGGUUUUCGAAAUAAUUUAAAACCUCAUUGUAAUGUUCUCUUCCUACUUUCCCCUGGUGUCCCGUAACGUUUAGUUUUAAAAUGAUAACUUACCUGGAUAGGAAGUGACGUUGUUAGGUUUUGGUGUGCAAUAGUGAAGGUGAAAAGGCAGCGUGUAAAGGACCAAAAGUAGCAGAACUGUUGCCAAAAGGUGCCAGCCAACCACGUACCUGUUGCUGUAAACUCGGUGCUUUCUGUUAAUUAAAUUCCUUCAGCCGCCGAAGGGCGAAUGGAACGUUUUGGGGCGGCCGUGGGGAGCGGUCGGACCCGGGGCUGCCGCUGCCCCCGCGCUGGGGUCGGCGGCUCCAGCAGCUGCAGCCCCGCUGGUGGCUCCGUGUCCGUCCCCGUCCCGCGGGCCGCGGUUCCCGCUGCCGGGCAGAGCCGGGAGGGGAAAGCGAUGGGUUUGCGUCCCUAGGAGAUUCCUUUUUGCUCCCGAGAUUUCUCUUUAAUGCUUUUUUAAAUCCUUUUUUAAGGAGAAUUGGGAUGUGUGUGACCUAUUAAACAUUUGAGUUGAAAAGUUUUUGUUUAGGAGACCUUAUACUACCAAAUGCUGAAUGUAACUGCCAUAAAUUUCAGGAAAAAAAGCCACGAACGUGAUCUUGUUACCUGUAGGUGCGUUUCUAGUGAGCACGGUGUUGGUUCGUGUCGCUUGAACAUGUUGAUGCUCUGCAGCCAGGUCCUCACGGCGGUUUGGGCACCGGCUGCCGCGGUGGUGCUGGUGCGGACGGGCGGUGGUGCUGGUGCGGACGGGCGGUGGUGCUGGUGCGGACAGGCGGUGGUGCUGGUGCGGACGGGCAGCCGCAGGGCCGGCCCAGCGCGCUGUUCGCAGGGCGGGCUGUGGCCGCGGUGCCCGUGGCAGCGGAAGCAGUGGGAACGGGGGAGAAUUCUCCAAUCUGGGCACCGGCCAGUGACUCGGUUGAGCCUGCACUACUUGAGAAUUAACCUCUGCUGAGUUAGUAGUGUGUGUUCUGUACCUUUUAAUUGUGCUUUACCUCUAUUUAAAAGCUUUGUACUGCCUCUCCUCUUUGAAACUGGUAAAGCCUUUAUAAAUCUAAAUUAAUGAGCUUGCACAAUCUUGUAUACAGGAAACCCAUCUUGUCUCUAACGUGAUUAUUAAUGUAUUAUUCUGUAAAAACUUAUUAAAAGGAGAGCAGUUUAA